AAAACAAUUCAACCAAUUCUCAAAGUUCUGCUAUAAAUACUAGUGGCUCGAGAGGUAAAGUAUCACAUGCAUAACUUGUAGUUCUAGUUAAUGCUACCAUACCAUAACUUUUUAUAUUAAUUUCAAUGUCUCCAACAACAUUUGCAAAAAUCCAUACAACUGAAAUAGAUGAAUCAAUUGAAGAACAAGACAACCUUAGCCAAGAAAUCAAAGAGAUGAUUCUCUCUCUUCCAAGAGAGAGAGGUUGGAGAACACCUUAUUUGUAUCUAUUCCAAGGAUUUUGGUGCCAACCAGCUGAAAUCCAAGCCAUAAGCACUUUCCAAAAUCACUUCCAAGCUAAAAAAAGUGAUGUUUUUGUUGCAACCGUACCAAAAUCAGGCACAACUUGGUUAAAAGCUCUUACUUUUGCCAUCAUGAAUCGCCAAAACCAUUUCAUUUCAUCCAAAAACCAUCCUUUGCUUAGUUUCAAUCCACAUGAUCUUAUUCCUUUCAUUGAGUACACAGUUUAUGGCAAACAUGACAAAAUUCCUGAUUUGUCUAAUAUUCUUGAGCCUAGACUUUUUGGCACACACAUUCCUUUUGAUUCAUUGCCAAAUUCAAUCAAAGAUUCCAAUUGCAAGAUAGUUUAUAUUUGUAGGAAUCCUUUUGAUACUUUUAUCUCAUCAUGGUGUUUUGUUAACAAAAUCAAACCACCUUAUUUGCCUACAUUGAAUUUAGAGGAAGCUUUUGAGAUGUAUUGUAAUGGGUCAGUUGGGUUUGGUCCAUUUUGGAAUCAUAUGUUGGGUUAUUGGAAUGAGAGCAAAGAGAGACCAAAAAAUGUUCUUUUUUUGAAAUAUGAGGAUAUGAAAGAAGAUGUGCAUUUUCAUUUGAAAAAAAUGGCUGAGUUUUUUAAUUGUCCUUUUACUUUGGAGGAAGAAAAUGAGGGUGUGGUUGAAAAUAUAAUAAAGUUGUGUAGCUUUGAGAAAAUGAAGGAGUUGGAGAUAAAUAAGAUAGGAACAUUUGGAAGGAAUUUUGAAAACAAGUACUUGUUUAGGAAAGGUGAAAUUGGUGAUUGGACUAAUCACCUUUCACCUUCCAUGGUUGAGAAAUUAUCUAAAGUCAUUGAAGAGAAGUUAGGUGGAUCUGGCCUCAAAUUUAGAAUGAAAUAAUGUUAUUUCAAUUCUUAUGUUCCUCCUUCAAACCUUCAAUGGUCGAGAAACUAUCCAAAGUCAUUGAAAAGAAGUUAGGUGGAUCUACCCUCAAAUUUAAAGUGAAAUAAUGUCACUUCAAUUCUUAUAUUCCUCCUGCAAACUACGAAGUCACGUUAUUGAUCACUCAGUAAAAUAAUGUUAAUUACUCCUUCAAGUUCUUAAUAUAAAAAAAAACUUUUGCAUUUUAGAUUUAUCGAAUGAUUAAUGUAUCUGAUCUAUUUUUUUAGACCAAAUACACCAAUCAUUUUAUGAAUUAAAAAAAUCAAUUUUUUCUUAUAUUAAGAAAUUACAAAGGAGUAAUUAAAAUGUUUUAAGAAGGUACAAUUGUGUGUGUGUAUGUAUAACUCAAUGCUGUACAAUUAAUUGUAUAGUUGUGAGACUCAUUCUAUAUACUAUGUUGCUUUUAGCUAUGUACAGUAUAGACAACAACCAUGCAUGUAUUCCAUAAAUGGUGUUGCAAUAUGUUGCUAUUGUAUUUCCUUUUCACAAUAAAAGUGUCUUUUGUUUUCUA